CAAGAAUGUGUGGCAACAAUUCUUUUGGAAACUACUCUGACGGUUUCAAUUAUUCGGACAGAAUUCAACAUUUAGAUGCCCUACAGAGGGAGACAAACAUCAUUAUGAUUCCGUCCAUAGUCUUUCUGUGUCUGAUAUCCACGACAGGAGUUAUUGGGAAUUCCCUGGUUCUAGUUGUGUACUCUUGUAGAUUCUCAAGGUCAGCUGUCCGAACAUUCAUGAAGGCGGUUGCAGUUUUAGAUCUACUGAUAAAUACACUGGUAAUUCCAGGUAAAACUUAAAAUAAUUUUCAAAUGAUGAUGACAAUGUUUAAAUUUAGAAAAAAAUUACUUACCCCAAGGCUGACACUUGUUUCAAUAAAUUGUUUCGUUUACUUUAUAAUGAAGUUCAUUUAACUUUUUUUUUUUAAAUUUGUAGAAGUUGCUAUGUGUAACAGCUGCUAGACCAAUGAAUUAAAGAAUGAAUGUUUUAAAAUAUAUAAUUUUAAAAUUUUCACAUUUGUCUUAAAUAACAAUACAUAAAAAUAGUCGUUAAAAGCAAUUAAAAAAUGUAUUUGCAUUUCAGCUGAAAUCUACGACAUGUUUCAUGCCUGGGACUUUGACCAGCCAUUGGUGUGUAGAGUUCGUCGAUUUUUCAACGCCCAGACAACAUCGGCUUCUGGAUUUUUACUCGUGGCCAUAGCUGUGACCAGGUCAGUAAAUUAAAAGCAAUUGAAAACCAUAUACCUGUGAUGACAGUCCACGAUUGUUUGAUACAUUUAACUACCACAGAUGCUCUUCAAACCAGUUACCAAAGUUUCAUCCAUCCAUCCACCCAUGUGGCGAUACAGCCCAUCGUAGGACUUUGGCCUGCCUCACCACUUAUUUCCACUCAGACCAAACUGAUGCUUUUCUUUUCUUGCAUUACCAGCUACUGUAGAUCAUUUUCCACAUAAUCCAUCCAUCUAAGCCUAGGUCUGCUAUUGAGUCGUUUUUCUCUGGGUUUUUGUGGUGCACCCUCUUCACUCUUCUGUCAUUUUGGUAUUUUUUCUAAAUGUUCAGCCCAGCGUAGCCUACCCUUUUUUGAAAUUUCUGCUACUAGCGUGGGAUCCUCAUAUAGGCUAUACAAUUCCCGGCUGGUUCGUAUUCUCCAUACGUAUUCAUACAAGUAAGCUUCAUCUAGAAUUUAAAAUUUUUGAGACAGCUUUUCUAAACAUUUAAUCUAAAUGAACAUGCCAAUCUCCCUACCUUGCAGGUACCGGAAGAUUUGUCGACCCUUUGACAGACAAGUGAACAUCACAGAGGCUAAACGUAUCUGUGGUGUGACAGUUUUAGUGUCCUCUGUGGUCUCUAUCCCUUACGGCAUCAUCAACGGACGAAAGACGAGGAAGUCAAGCGUCCCCGGUAUAAAUGGCUGCUACUGUUCUGUGGACGACAGUUACGACGGCACCAAGUGGCCAGUGGUCAACUCUUCAUUUUUCGUCCUUGUUUUUCUA